AUGUACUUGGAAGCUACUUUAGAAGUGAUACGUCGAAUAAUUGCUGGUAUCUUACUUGAUUCCUUUAUGGGAGUAGUAUUGUUGUUAUCAUUGAUUCAUCAUUAUACCACAACUUUUUUUGAAACUGAACCAGAUUAUAGAGAUACAAGAUCAUCAAGAACUAAAAUAGUUGAAUCAUCUAAUCGUAUUAUUCAUGAUAAUUCGAAAGGUUCUCGUAAUCAUCAUAAGAAAUGUUAUGAAGACAUUAAGAUGACAAAUAAAAAAAAUACCAUAGACCAUUUAGAAUGUAGACUCGUUCCUUCUUUAAAUUAUUAUUUUGGUUUACAUGAUAUUGAAAUCGAAGAAUUUAAAAUUAAAACUGAAGAUAAUUAUACUUUAGAUGUAUGGCAUUUUAAAAACCCCGCUAAUGAAAAUAUAAAACGUAAACCACUAUUAAUGAUCCAUGGUCUUUUACAGAGUUCUGGUGCCUUUGCAUCAGGUUCAAAAAAUUCCUUAGCUUAUUAUUUCUACUCCUUAGGUUACGAUAUCUGGUUAGGUAAUAAUAGAAUAGGUUUUACUACAGAAGGUAAUGAUGACGAAUAUUGGGAUUGGGACAUUAAUGAAAUGGCAGAGUUUGAUUUAAUUGCUAUGGUUGAAUUUGUUAAGAGUAAGACUCAAUUUAAAAAAAUAUCUUUAGUCGGUCAUUCUCAAGGUACUACUCAAAUUUUUUUAGCCUUAAUCAAUAACUAUAAUGAUAUCGUUAAUGAUAUCGAAAAUUUCAUUGCACUGGCACCUGCCACAUAUCCUGGUCCUUUAUUAUUUGAUAGUGUUGUUAUAAGUCUUCUAGCAAAGGGUAUAGAAAGUAAAUACGUCUUUGGUAACAAAUGUUUCUUAAGAAUUAUGAUGAUUGUUAGAAAUAUUUGUGUUGGUAAAGCCUUCUUUUCAUUUAUCUGUUAUGCAAUUUUCAAUUAUUUAUUUGAUUGGAAUGAUACCCUUUGGGGUGGUUCAAAUUUAAGAAAUAGACAUUUCUUAUUUUCACCAGUAUAUGUUUCUGUUAAGUUAAUGAAAUGGUGGUUGGGGUCUGAUUCAUCUAAACCAAGUUUCAAAAAUAAACCAGAUGAAUUAUUCCCUGAAACUUCUGCAUGGUUUGAUAAAUUUAAUCCGGGGAAAAAGGAUUCAAACCCAAAUAUUUUAUUGUUUGUUCCAAAACAGGAUAGAUUAGUUGAUGGUGAAAGAUUAAUUAAUCAUUUUGUUAAACAUGAAAAUAAUGUAAACUAUAAAAUUUGGUACAUUAACGAAUAUUCACAUUUGGAUGUUUUAUGGGCCACUGAUGCAGUUCAAAGAAUUGGGAAACCGAUUGCAGAGAAUAUGAGGUUUAAUGAUCCUGAAUUACUACCGAUUCAAGAAGAGCCAAUAUCAGUAUAA